GUGAAGGAGAACAACUACCGGGGCCAUGGGGACAGCGUGGAUCAGCUCUGCUGGCACCCCAGCAACCCUGACCUCUUUGUUACAGCGUCCGGGGACAAAACCAUCCGCAUCUGGGAUGUCCGCACUACCAAGUGCAUUGCCACUGUCAAUACCAAAGGGGAGAAUAUCAACAUCUGUUGGAGCCCUGAUGGACAGACCAUUGCAGUGGGGAACAAGGAUGAUGUGGUCACUUUCAUUGAUGCCAAGACCCAUCGCUCCAAAGCUGAGGAACAGUUUAAGUUUGAGGUGAAUGAGAUCUCCUGGAACAACGAUAACAACAUGUUCUUCCUCACUAACGGUAACGGCUGCAUCAACAUCCUCAGCUACCCAGAGCUGAAACCCAUUCAGUCCAUCAAUGCCCAUCCUUCAAACUGCAUCUGCAUCAAGUUUGAUCCCAUGGGGAAGUACUUUGCCACAGGCAGUGCUGAUGCAUUAGUGAGCCUCUGGGAUGUGGAUGAACUGGUGUGUGUGAGGUGCUUCUCGAGGCUUGACUGGCCUGUGCGAACACUGAGCUUUAGCCAUGAUGGGAAGAUGCUGGCGUCAGCAUCAGAAGAUCACUUCAUUGACAUUGCAGAGGUGGAGACAGGAGAGAAGCUCUGGGAGGUGCAGUGUGAGUCCCCCACCUUCACAGUGGCCUGGCACCCGAAGAGGCCACUGUUGGCCUUUGCCUGUGACGACAAAGAUGGCAAAUACGACAGCAGCCGGGAGGCAGGCACCGUCAAGCUCUUCGGGCUCCCCAAUGACUCCUAAUGAAACCGCACCACGGAAGGCAAUGCUCCCCUGCUCUCGGGGAUGGGAGAGUGGUUAGUUAGUGUAGGUCGGGGCAAGGAGAUGGCUCUGGUCCUUGCCUGCUUGGCAGUGCUGCGACCUUUGGCUCCGCUCUGUGUGUACUGCUCUUGGGAGCAUUUGUAAAAAAGCAGCUUUUGUGCUGGGGAGGAUGGGGGCGAUGCUAGCAGGGGCCCCCUUGCUGUCUGAGGGCUGCCGCCUCCUCUCUGGGGC